GUUCCCUGGUACAGUGAGGUGAACAUCACAUAGUUCGUAACGAACCUCAGUGACCCACACUAAGCAUCAUGAAAGCCUUCGUAGCGUGCAUAGCCCUGGCUUUGGUGGCCUGCGCAAGCGCCGAGCCCCCAUCCGGAUACAAUUACAACCGUCCUUCCGGUGGAAUUUCUGGUGGAUUCAGCGGAGGAAUCAGCGGUGGUCUUAGCGGCGGUGGUGGCUACCGUGCCGUCUCUUCCGGAUACCAGACCUCCGAGGGCCAGAACGUCGACUCUCAACUCCUCGAACAAGUCCGCCAAAUCCUCCUUAAGGAAGAAGCUUCAUCCUCCUCCUCCUCCUUCGGCUCAGGAUUCGUCGGAGCUCCUUCCUCAUCGUACGGCGCACCAUCAUCUUCGUAUGGAGUUCCCUCAACCUCCUACGGUGUACCCAGUGGUGGCCGUGUAGUUGGCAUCAACCUUGAAGGUAUCCGUCAAGCUAUCCAGGUUGCACAAUACGAACAGACCGCCAUCGGCGGUGGUGGAUACCCAUCUGGUCCUUCUACCUCCUACGGAACCCCAUCCCGUGCCCCCUCCGGCAGCUAUGGUGCCCCCUACUAAGUCCCAAUACGACCUUCUGAACGCUCGCUCGUUCAUUAUUCGGGUGAAUUCGUAACAUCUCCGAUCACCUGAAUGUUUAUACCAAUGGGCUGAUAGCCACGUACAAU